AUGAGUGAAGUUGUUGAUAUCCUUAUUGGAAACCACAUUGGAAAAUUCGUGAAGUAUGAUGAGCAGAAUAACUACGCCUCGUGGAGGAAAUUCAUGAGAAUCAGAGUGGGUAUCAACGUUCAGCUGCCAUUGAAGAAGAGUUGGUUUUUCAAUCGAAUGACAGGUGAUAAGGUCCAGGUUGUGUUUAAGUAUGAGAAACUUGGAACCUUUUGUUUCCUAUGUGGUCUCAUUGGACAUUUGAACUUUUGCCACUUGAAAUUCAUUUCUAGCACCAGACCAGACGAGAAAGGUUGGGGAAAUUUCGUGCGGGCAGAAUCUGGAGCAUUCAAGGCGAACGGUAACUCAAACAAGUGGCUUAGAAAUGGCAGGAACAAAGAAGGUGGUGGAAGUGGUGUCGGAGAAGGCAGAUUUGUUGGCGAUAGAGAAACUGAUGGAAAUGAUACAAAUACCAAUGUGAUAAAUGAGCGUCACACUUUGCAUGGAAAGGUUCUGAUCGAUAGGGAUUCUAUAUCCAAAAAGCUGGUUUUCUUCAAAGCUGCUGAAAGAAGUGUGGAUCAAGCGGCAAAAUGGAUUUCCUUCAAUCCUGUUGAAAAGCUACAGCCUGAGACAAAUGAAGUGCUGGAAUCAUCAUCAACUCAGAUUAUUCCAAGUGCAGAGCUGGAGCUGGCUGUUUCGCUGACAAACAAAGUGGUUGUUAGUCCAAGGGUCCCUACGGGAUCUCAUGUUGAAGCUGAACAAUCACUUGCUUCUCAAUUGUUGCAUAUGUCCAAUGGCAGCAACAUUCCAGAUGCUGUUGAACUGUUGCUCCUAAAAUAUGGGGGAGACAUUCAUUAUGCUACUUUUGUGGGGCAGAAUGAUGGAGUUUUCAUAAAUCCAAAAGAUUUGGGUCAGAUUAUGCAGGAGAGAGAGUAUGUAAGUGGAACUGUGAUCAACAAAUUGGCUUCGGUUGCAGGAUCCAGCUUGAAAGAUAGUCAACACACUGUUGGAACAUCACCUGUUAAAGACAAACUGCAAUCUACUGGAUCCAGAAUAGAGGCUAUGCAUAACAAUCCUGCGGAUAAUUUAAAAUAG